AAUAAAGUUUGAAAUAUGGAGUGAGAGAGAUAGGCUGGUGGAGUAGUCGUCGCCACAUCCCGCUUCCCCCGUACGCCGUACCCCCGCAGCUCGCUCUCGCCUUCUCCUCCGGUUCCUGCUGCAACCUGCACUCCGUAGUCCGCCCUUUCUGCCCGCCGCCGGCCACUUCAAGACUACUCCCCGCCGCGUUACCUCCUCCUCGUCCUCCUGGGGUUACCCAGCUCUGUUCCCCUUUCAGGGAACGCCUUGAGAGGCGGGGCGGGUCCUUGGUCCGGAGGCGCGGCGACGGCGAGUGAUUUUUGUUCGCCAGAGGGAGAGUUUUUUUUUUCACCGGGUUUGGUGGGAAGUAAGGAGGCGGCCGCGAGUGGCGAGACGUUCACGGGUUAGAUCUGGCGGUACGGCGUCGCGGAUCUGAGCGAGGUUUCGGUGGAGCGAUCAGGAGGUGGUCACUAUCUUCGCCUCAUUUCGAGUAGUUUGGGCGCCUGUAGUUUGCCUGUUUCCUUUUCGGUGUCUGAUCAAGAAGAUGAUGUGCUCAGAGGGCUUCUAGUUGUUGCUGAUAUCUUGUCUUGUGUUGUAUCACCCGGAAGCUGGAAAGGAGCGCAUCACUCCUGCUCUCCCCUUUUACUCCUUGGUUACUUGGUAUUUCUUGGAUAUCCAGGCUGGAAGGGGUUAGAUCCAGUUCCUGCGGCCCUAGUAAUAAGGUGCACUUGGGGAAGGUGCCAUGACCUACUUCCCCGGUGAGGUGGUGGAGCACAUUUUCAGCUUCUUGCCGUCGCACAGCGACCGGAACACGGUCUCCCUUGUGUGCAAGUUGUGGUACGAUGUCGAGAGGCUGAGCCGACGAGGUGUGUUCGUGGGGAACUGCUACGCUGUGCUCCCUGAGCGUGUGGUGCUGCGAUUCCCCAAUGUAAAGGCGCUGACGGUGAAGGGGAAGCCUCACUUUGCGGACUUCAACCUUGUGCCGCCUGAUUGGGGUGGCUACGCGGGGCCAUGGAUUGAAGCAACAGCCAGGAGCUGCCUGAGUCUUGAGGAGCUGCGCAUGAAGCGGAUGGUUAUCUCUGAUGAGAACCUUGAACUGCUAGCUCGGACAUUCCCAAAAUUCAAAGUCCUCGUCCUUAUCAGCUGCGAGGGGUUUAGCACGGAUGGUCUAGCUGCCAUUGCCAAUCACUGCAAGCUCCUGAGGGAGUUAGAUUUGCAGGAAAAUGACGUGGAGGACCGUGGGCCCAGAUGGCUUUCCUUCCCUGAUUCCUGCACCUCAUUGGUUUCCUUGAAUUUCGCUUGCAUCAAAGGGGAAGUGAAUUCUGGUGCAUUGGAGAGACUUGUCGCUAAGUCUCCAAACCUACGCAGUUUGAGGUUGAAUCGCUCUGUUUCAGUUGACACACUCUCGAAGAUACUAGAGCGAACCCCAAAUUUGGAAGACUUGGGGACAGGUAAUUUGACAGAUGAGUUCCAAGCUGAGUCCUUUGUCAGACUUACUAGUGCUCUGGAGAAAUGCAAAAGGCUGAGGAAUUUGUCUGGAUUUUGGGAUGCUUCUCCUAUCUUUGUUCCGUUUAUCUAUCCACUCUGUCAUCAACUAACUGGCCUAAACUUGAGCUAUACUCCCACACUGGAUUAUUCUGAUCUGACUAAAAUGAUCAGCCGCUGUGUGAAACUCCAGCGUCUUUGGGUACUGGACUGCAUUUCAGACAAGGGUUUGCAGGUGGUGGCCUCUAGUUGCAAGGAUCUACAAGAACUCAGGGUGUUUCCAUCAGAAUUUAAUGUUGCUGGUGCUUUUACGGUGACAGAGGAGGGACUUGUUGCAAUAUCAUCAGGCUGCCCAAAACUGAGCUCUUUGCUGUAUUUUUGUCACCAGAUGACCAAUGAAGCACUAACUACUGUAGCCAAGAAUUGCCCAAGUUUCAUCAGAUUUAGACUCUGUAUCCUUGAGCCAAAGAAGCCGGAUGCCAUGACAGGCCAGCCGUUAGAUGAAGGCUUUGGUGCAAUUGUCCGUGACUGCAAAGGUCUAAGACGACUGUCAAUGUCAGGCCUUCUCACAGACAGGGUUUUCAUGUAUAUCAGAAUGUAUGCGAAAUACCUUGAGAUGCUUUCUAUAGCUUUUGCUGGAGAUGGUGAUAAGGGGAUGAUGGAUGUGAUGAACGGAUGCAAGAAUCUGAGGAAGCUUGAGAUUAGAGACAGUCCAUUUGGUGAUUUUGCACUCUUGGGAAAUGUUGCCAAAUAUGACACAAUGCGAUCCCUUUGGAUGUCAUCAUGCAAUGUCACAUUAAAGGGGUGCCAAGUCCUUGCAUCGAAGAUGCCGAUGCUCAAUGUGGAGAUCAUGAACGAACUAGAUGGAAGUAGUGAAAUGGAGAACCAUGGUAACCUCUCUAAAGUGGAUAAGUUAUAUGUUUACCGUACAACUGCUGGAGUGAGGGAUGAUGCACCAAAUUUUGUUCAAAUAUUAUAGAGCUAGCUGCAAUUACCUUGGUAUCUUCCCUUCCUACGAGCAUGCCUGGGACCAGGGCAACAGUGGUAAGUUCUUGAAUCGUCUCCCUUUUGCAGAAUCGGGAAAAGCCACACUGGUUUGUGCCCUUAUCCUGGAGCAACAUGGCCGGGAUUCAUCAUCAUCUCUGUACCAACUGCUCCCCUCUUCCAGUGUCUGGUCAUAUGGCCACCCAGGCCCUUUAUCGCCUUGUGCAUUCUCACUCGAGAGGAGGACAGAAUCAGAUGACUUUUUUUUUCUUCUUUUCACGCCAUGUAAUCUGUAGUGUACCUGUCUUCAUUUGCUUUUCACUUUGGCACGGUGGAUUGUGCUGUCGCGGUACUGUUCUAGUGUUUUGAUUCGUAAACCUGAGAACUGUCGGGACAUUCCGGUGACGAUGAUUUCUUUCUUGCUCCUGUGAAUGCAGUGUGUGUGCAAAUUUUAGGUUUAUACUACAUCUCUCCACGUAAAUUUGCUAGAUGUAGCCGACUACCCACGUAGCGGUUCAUUAAUGAUCUUGGUUUAAUUAA